UAGCAGUCAGUCAACCUAUGCUACCCCUGUUCUUGUUCCCACACCCACCAAUCUCUUGUCCCUGUCCCUCAACUUCCUAUCCACUCCUAUAAAUUUGAACCCCCAAAAGUGUCAAUUUGUGCAUUUUCUCCUCCUCCUCCCAAUCCCAAAUCACCAACCUGUAUUGGUUGUGGAUAGUUUCCAGACAAAACAGAAGAGAAGAGAUAGAAAUUUUCAUCACAUGUUUUGACAUCUUUGAUGACAAGUUCUUGGCAGCACGGUCAAUUUGGCAUGUGCAUAGAGUAAGCAUAUAUACGUCGCAAUUCGUUCAAAGCAUCCAACCCCAAGAGAAGACAUGCCAAGGAGCAUGGAGGAGAUGGAGAUCGCCGGCGGCGGCAUGGCGGCGGCGGCGGUGCAGAGGGCGGUGAGGUGCCUCGGCAGAGGUGUCGACAUGGCGGGCGACCUGAGGCUGAAGCACUGCAAGGAUGAGGGAGGUUGUCUCGUUGCCAGGAGCGGCGAGAAGGCGGCGGCGGUCGCCGUGCCGGGCGUCGGCGUCGUCGCCGGCGUGCCGGCCGACGUGAAGUUCGGCAAGGGCGACCGCAUCAGGUUCAAGUCCGACGUGCUCGAGUUCAACAAGAUGUCGGAUCUGUUCAACCACCGGAGCUCGCUGCCGGGGAAGAUCCCGUCGGGCCUCUUCAACUCGUGCUUCGACUUCGGCAGCGACUCCUGGGCCAGCGACGCCGGCGACACCAGGUGCUUGGCCUUCGACGGCUACUUCAUCUCCCUCCUCGACCUCCGCCUCGACUGCCGCCCGCUCGCCCUCGCUGGCCACGUCGUCGCCGACGUGCCGGCGGCGUGGGACCCAUCGGCCAUUGCAAGUUUCAUCGAGAAGUACGGGACGCACAUCAUCGUCGGAUUGAGCAUGGGCGGCCAGGAUGUGGUGUACGUGAAGCAGGACAAGUCGUCGCCGCUGUCGCCGUCCGUGAUCAAGGAGCACUUGGACAAGCUUGGCGACCAGCUCUUCACUGGCACAUGCACUCUUCCCCCUUCACACUGCAAGUCCAGAGACCACAAGUUCAAGGUCCCUGAGGCAUUCAAUGUGUUUGAUGCCCAAAUGACACGGCAGAGGAUUGAAGGAAUGACUGCUCCAAUGUCAUGCAAAGAGGGUGUGACAGUGAUCUACUCCAAGAGGGGAGGAGACACGGCGGCGAGCAACCACUCGGAGUGGCUGCCGACGGUGCCGUUAAUGCCGGACGCCAUCAACUUCAAGCUCGUGCCCAUCACAUCCCUUCUCAAGGGAGUAGCUGGCGUGGGCUUCCUUUCUCAUGCCAUAAACCUCUAUUUGAGAUACAAACCUCCAGUAGCAGAGUUGAGGUACUUCCUGGACUUCCAGCACCACAGAUUGUGGGCCCCGGUGCUCAGUGACCUACCCCUCGGACUGUGCUCCAACCGGCAAGGCACUAACCCUGCUCUACACUUCAGCCUUGUAGGCUCCAAGCUCCAUGUCAACUCAAGCCAGGUGAUUGUUCCAAAACUGCCAAUCACUGGGAUGAGAUUGCACCUUGAAGGCAAGAAGAACAACCGGUUAGGCAUCCACCUGCAGCACCUGUCAACGACGCCGACGUUCAUCGCCGGAGGUUGGUCAGGCCGGCCGCCGGCGUGGCGAGGGUCGGAGGCGAUCGCCGACGAGCGGUACUACGAGCCGGUCCAGCGGCGGAUGUUCGCCCACGUCUGCACCGUGCCGGUGAAGCACGACCCGCGGUGGCUCGCCGCCGGCGACGGCGGCGGCGGCCGGCCGGCGGCGUACGUCGUGUCCGGCGCGCAGCUGCACGUCAAGGCGCACGAGUCCACCAGCGUCCUCCACCUCAGGCUCCUCUACACCGAGCUGCCGGGGCACAGCGUGGUGCAGUCGAGAUGGGCGCACGGCGGCGGCGGCGGCGGCGCGGCGAGGAUGUCCGGCGUCAAGGGGAGCUUCCUGUCGAUGUCAUUCGCGUCGAUGGCGGCGGCGGCGGCGGAGAAAGAGCAGCAGAAGCAGGCGGCGGCGCGGCUCAACGUGGACUCCGGCGUGUUCGCCGGAGGGCCGCCGGCGCCGGUGGGGGCGCAGCGGCUGCUCAAGUUCGUGGAGACGUCGCAGGUGACCAUGGGGCCGCAGGACUGUCCCGGCUACUGGCUGGUCACCGGAGCAAAGCUCGACGUCGACAAGGGGAGGAUCUCGCUGCACGUCAAGUUCUCCCUGCUUGCUCCGGUUUCUUGACAUGCAUGAUGCAUGGCGAUCUCACUGACACUGUCCAUGAACUGUACAGAAUUCAGAGAUUAUUCAGUUAAAUGCAUGCAACAAUUGUUAGCUUAGUCAGCGAUAGCGCUGGCGGCAAAAAUCAAGAAAGCCAUAGCAGAAGCAAAACGACCUUAUCGCUUAGCUUUUGAUUUCUUUUUCCUCUUUUACUCUUAGUCUUAGAGAUUAGCAUAUACUCCCUUCGUCUUAAAAUAUUGAAACCUAAUACUAGAUUAGACACAUCUUAGUAGUCCCUUGUAUAAGAUGUGUCUGUCCUGUUCGUUUCUUCUGCAGCCAGAGGAUAAAAUUUUGGAUACUCGUGGCAUGUUUU